AAGUCUGCUGGAUAACGGCAUAUGUAUACACAGAUAUGGGAAAAGCUAGUAAGAGUGCACGCUUCAGGAGCGUUAAGAUUAAGGUGGUGAGGAGGUGUAUUGCUGGCCGUGCAAAGGUUUCUUACCUUAGUCAAGGUCUUCCCCAACCCAGCGCCAAACAGACCCACCCUUCAGACCCUUCCACAUCUGUUACACCUCAGGUUGAAUCUGAUGUGGCACCUAGUUCAUGUUCUGAGACUGCAUACAGUAAGGCAAAGAAGAGAGGGAUUCAUGCCUGGGAUGCAGUCAAGGAUGACAUGCUUAAGGUGUCAUUUGAAUGUUCAGCACCAAUCACUACGCAGUGUGUUGUCUGCCUAGAAGAUGCUGAUUAUAGGUGCAUUGAGUGCAGCACAACUGCAGUCUUUUGUGAGGCUUGUCUGAAGAGGACUCACAGAAAUUCACUGCACCUACCUGAUAAGUGGAAUAAUGCCUACUAUGAGCCGUUUUCCCUGGGGUUAUUCCUAUACUUACCUGAAGGCCAUAGCACCCAUGCUGUGUACAUGAAGGACAUGAAGGUCAUUAUCAGCACAGGACAGCUCUGCACCGUCACUGUCAAUAUGUGUGCGUGUGAACCAGAAGCCUGCACUCUGCUAAGGUAUGGGCUCUGGCCAGCAACAGCCGACAAGCCCCAGACAGCCUUUUCCAUCCCUCUGCUAGAGCUUUUUGUUUGUCUGUCACUCGAGUGUCAGGUUUCUGUUGAGGGUUUUUGCAACACCCUACGCUGGAAAAACAACCUUACACUUGCAGAGGUAAGUCAGUUUGCAGAGGUCAGUUAGAAGUCAUGUCUAUGAAGUG